AUGAGAGAAAUCGUAAGCAUUCAUAUCGGCCAAGCAGGAAUUCAAGUCGGGAAUUCUUGUUGGGAGCUUUAUUGUCUCGAACAUGGCAUUCAACCCGAUGGCUUCAUCACUAGUGGUAAUUCACAAGGUACCGGAGACGACUCCUUUAAUACAUUCUUUAGCGAAACUAGCUCGGGAAAGAACGUGCCAAGGGCUGUAUUCGUUGAUCUUGAACCAACGGUCAUUGAUGAGGUCCGGAGCGGGACCUAUAGACAACUCUUCCACCCCGAACAACUCAUUUCCGGCAAAGAAGAUCAAUUAAUCAAUCUCAAAACAAACUUAUGUGCAGUGGGCAAAGAAAUUGUUGAUGUAUGUCUCGACCGAGUCCGAAAGUUAGCCGAUAACUGCACCGGCUUGCAAGGCUUUAUGGUCUUCAACGCGGUUGGUGGUGGCACCGGUUCGGGCCUAGGUUCAUUGCUUAUGGAACGCCUUUCGAUCGAGUAUGGUAAGAAACCAAAACUCGGGUUCUCUAUAUUCCCAUCUCCACAAGUUUCAACCGCGGUCGUUGAGCCUUACAACAGCGUGUUAUCGACACACUCGCUUCUCGAACACACCGACGUGGUGGCAUUACUCGACAACGAAGCCAUAUACGAUAUUUGUAGACGUGCAUUAGACAUCGAUAGGCCAACUUACACGAACUUAAACCGCUUGAUCUCUCAAAUAAUCUCGUCGUUAACAACGUCUUUAAGGUUUGAUGGCGCGAUAAAUAUUGAUAUUAACGAGUUCCAAACGAAUUUGGUUCCAUACCCUCGUAUUCAUUUCAUGCUUUCGUCGUAUGCGCCUGUGAUCUCGUCGGCUAGAGCUUACCAUGAGCAGAACUCGGUUGGGGAGAUCACGACGGCGGUGUUUGAGCCGUCGAACAUGAUGGCUAAAUGUGACCCGAGACAUGGGAAGUACAUGGCUUGUUGUUUGAUGUACCGAGGCGAUGUGGUUCCUAAGGAUGUUAAUACUGCUGUUGGCUCCAUCAAGACCAAACGUACAGUUCAGUUUGUUGACUGGUGUCCCACGGGUUUCAAAUGUGGAAUUAACUACCAGCCACCGACGGUGGUGCCUGGUGGCGAUCUUGCAAAGACAGCGCGUGCAGUGUGCAUGAUAAGCAACAACACCGCGAUGGCUGAGGUUUUCAAUAGAAUUGACCAUAAGUUUGACUUGAUGUAUGCGAAACGAGCAUUCGUACACUGGUAUGUGGGUGAAGGAAUGGAAGAAGGGGAAUUCUCGGAAGCCCGAGAGGAUCUUGCGGCUCUCGAGAAAGACUAUGAGGAGGUCGGGCUAGAUGCCGAGGAGGAAGAGGAGCAAGGAGAAGAAGAGUACUAA